AAGUCAAGUCUGCCGACUCAUCAGCUUUGCACAUUUGAAUGACAAGGGGAGUCUGUAUAAAUAGGCCUUGGAAUCAUGGAGUUGGCAGAGCAAGUUGAAGCCUUCCACUGGAAACCACCUCAACCACCACCAUGGGCAAGAUCAUUCUUUUCGAGGAGAAGAACUUCCAGGGCCGCUCCUAUGACUGCAUGAGCGACUGCUCCGAGCUGACCUCUUUCCUGACCCGGUGCCAGUCCUGCCGGGUGGAGAGCGGCUGCUUCAUGGUCUACGAGCGCCCCAACUUCAUGGGGCUGCAGCUGUUCCUCAAGAGGGGCGAGUACAGCGACCUGCAGCGCCUGACAAGCAUGGGAACGACCAUGGACUCCAUCAGAUCCUGCAGAAUGAUCCCAUCGCACAGAGGCCAGUUCCGGAUCAAGAUCUUCGAGCGGGAGAACAUGAGCGGCCAGUCCAACGAGCUGCAGGAGGACUGCGACAACAUCAUGGAGCGCUUCCGCAUGAACGACAUCCUGUCCUGCCAGGUGUUGGAAGGCCACUGGCUGAUGUACGAGCAGCCCAACUUCCGGGGCAGGGUGAUCUACGUGAAGCCCGGCGAGCACCGGAGCCUGAGGGAGAUGGGCAUGAGCGGCAUCAGGCUCAUGAGCUUGAGGCGCAUCACCGACACGUGCUAGGAAUUCUCCACUUGGCUUGAAUAAAUACAAUUCUUCAU